GAUUCCACUACAAAAAGAUUGUUUUCAAGUAAAUCGAAAUUCGUACAAGGUUUGCACAAGUGCCCCACUCCAGAAUGGUAUCAGUAAAAAUAAUAGGAUUACUAUUGGCGACACUUGUGUUUCCAACGAUAGUCGCGGCCAAAAAUAUUGUUUGCUACUACGGUACGUGGGCCACCUACCGAAAUGGAGCGGGAAAAUUCUCAGUGGAAAAUAUCGACCCCUUUCUAUGCACGCAUCUAAUAUAUGCGUUCGUUGGCAUCAGUACAAAUGGAACAAUCAGAAUUCUGGACCCUUGGCUGGACUUGGAAGACAACUGGGGCCUUGGAACAAUGAGGAAAUUCAAUGAUUUGAAAACAGUCAACCCCAGCCUGAAAACAUUGGUAGCCGUUGGGGGGUGGAAUGAAGGGUCUCAGAAAUUUUCCACUGUUGCUCAGAAUGCAAUCCUCAGAGCUAGGUUUGCAAAAGACGCUGCUGCAUUCUGUACGAAUCAGGGAUUUGAUGGCUUGGAUGUAGACUGGGAAUAUCCCGGGCAGCGUGAUGGAGAUCCCUCAGUUGAUCGUGAAAAUUUUGUGUCGCUUUUAUCCGAUCUGAAGGUAGAAUUUUCAAAACGUGGACUUUUGCUGACUGCCGCUGUAGCAGCUGCCGAGAGUUCGGCCUCGAUUUCUUACAACAUUCCGGAAAUAUCCAAAUAUCUGGAUUUCAUAAAUUUGAUGACAUAUGACCUGCAUGGUCCGUGGGAAUCUAAAACAGGUCACAACGCGCCACUUUAUGUAGGUCCUCACGACGUCACGCCUACUCAACAGCAGUUGAACGUGAACAGUAGUGUUAAUUACUGGUUGCAGCAUGGCGCUCCACCAGCGAAACUUAAUUUAGGUGUUGCAUUUUACGGCCGAUCGUUCACAUUGCGAUCGGCUGGGGAACAUGAUGUUGGAGCCCCAACAAAUGGACCGGGCCAAGGAGGCCCAUAUACCUAUGAAUCGGGGUUUCUCGGAUAUAAUGAGAUAUGUGAAAAGCUUACCGUUGAAAAAUGGAAUCAGUGUUGGGAUGCUCACCAAAAGGUGCCUUUUGCGUACGGUGGAAAUCAAUGGGUUGGCUACGACAACGAAGAAAGUCUAUCCCAGAAGUGUGAUUUCAUCUAUGAAAACGGACUUGGAGGCGGAAUGGUAUGGUCUGUUGAAACAGAUGAUUUUCAUGGCACUUGUGGUGAAAAGUUUACUCUACUAAACACACUAAACAGUAGAUUACAGAACAAUGGAGUAAUUACAACCACAACUAUAAGCUCGAGUAGCUCAUCGACAACUGCAACAAGCAGCACAUGGUCAACAUGGUCAUCAAGUACCGCACAAACUACAGUAACGCCAGAGGGCUCUUCAACGACGACUCAACAAAGUACUACCACCGUCUCUGACGAAUUCCAAUGCGUCUCAACGGGUUAUUUCCGCGAUCCAAAGGAUUGUACGAAAUUUUACUACUGUGAUAGAACCACGCGGUUUGAAUUUGUAUGUCCUCCGGGUUUGUACUUUGAUGAGACAACAUUUGUUUGCAAUUGGGCAAUCGCUGUGCAUUGCUAAUGAUUUUAAAUAAAUGUGAAGAAACGAUCAAACAAUGUUGUACCAUUUAGUUCAACAGGGUGUCG